UUCCGGCGCCAAACAGCCGCCUCCUCGUCCGACGACUCCGGGUCACUGUCGCUGGACUCCGCCGUCCUGCCGGUGCUGCGGUAGGCGGAGGCGGAGUGCUGGGCAGCGGCUCUGCUAUGGAAGGACUGGCCGCUAAAAGCUGGAAGAACCUGGGGUCGAGUUUGUGCUGUUGCGGCGGUUCCCAUCUCGGUGUCCGAGCUGGACCCGGAGAGCUCUCCAUCUUCCAGAUCACCGUCCAUCAGAUCUCCGCCAUCCGCCAUUUCUUGUCUGGAAGCCACACGAUAGAUAAUAUAAACAACAUGGCGACGUCCUUGCAGCGCCUCACGUAUGCUGGGAGACAUCUCCUACAAAGACAGUUACUGAAGACAAAUUCCUUAAGCAGGCUCGCAGCUGAGCCGCACAGACUCUUGGCUACUCAGGCUGCUCAGCAGGUGGCUCUAAAUGUUCCUGAAACUAAGGUGACCACUUUAGAAAACGGACUCCGAGUGGCUUCUGAGGACGCUGGGCUCACUACCUGUACAGUGGGUCUCUGGAUAGACGCCGGCAGUCGCUAUGAGAACGAGAGAAAUAAUGGCACGGCACAUUUCCUGGAACAUAUGGCAUUUAAGGGCACCAGGAAGCGCUCCCAGCUGGACCUGGAGUUGGAGAUCGAGAACAUGGGGGCUCACCUGAACGCCUACACCUCCCGAGAGCAAACUGUGUAUUACGCCAAAGCUUUCUCUAAAGAUCUUCCACGAGCUGUGGAGAUCCUGGCUGACAUCAUCCAGAACAGCAUGCUGGGUGAGGCGGAGAUCGAGAGGGAGCGAGGGGUGAUCCUCAGAGAGAUGCAGGAAGUGGAGACCAAUCUGCAGGAAGUGGUCUUUGAUUACCUGCACGCUACUGCGUACCAGUCCACAGCGCUGGGCAGGACCAUCCUGGGCCCCACCGAGAACAUCAAGACGAUCAACAGAGGAGACCUGGUGGAGUACAUCACUACUCACUACAAAGGCCCCAGAAUAGUGCUGGCUGCUGCCGGAGGGGUUUCCCAUGAUGAGCUCAUUGAUUUGGCCAAGUACCAUUUUGGAAAACUUCCUGGUAGAUAUAAAGGUGAAGCCCCAGCACUUCCUCUAUGCCACUUCACAGGAAGUGAGAUCCGCGUGCGUGACGACAAGAUGCCUCUGGCUCAUAUUGCCAUCGCAGUGGAGGCGGUGGGAUGGUCCCACCCCGACACCAUCCCCCUCAUGGUGGCAAACACACUUAUUGGAAACUGGGACCGCUCGUUUGGUGGAGGUGUGAAUCUGUCCAGCAAACUGGCUCAGAUGGCCUGUCAGGGAAACCUGUGCCACAGCUUCCAGUCCUUCAACACCUGCUACACAGACACAGGCCUGUGGGGGCUCUACAUGGUGUGUGAGCCCGGCACCAUCAACGACAUGAUGCGCUUCACUCAGAUGGAAUGGAUGUCUCUCUGCACGAGUGUGACGGAGAGCGAGGUGGCACGGGCCAAAAAUCUGCUCAAGACCAACAUGCUCCUGCACCUGGACGGAUCCACCCCUAUCUGCGAGGACAUCGGCAGACAGAUGCUGUGCUACAGUCGCAGGAUCCCUCUGCAUGAGCUGGAGGCCAGAAUUGAUGCUAUCGAUGCUAAGACCAUCAAGGAUGUGUGUGCCAGAUAUAUCUUCAACAAGGCCCCUGCCAUCGCAGCAGUUGGUCCAAUUGAACAUCUGCCAGACUACAACCAGAUCUGCAGUGGAAUGUACUGGAUGAGAACCUGAACAGACCAGAUCCCCCCCCCC